CACGCACACUGAAAAGGAAACAGAACGAACUGAACGCAGCUGCUUUUUGACCAACACUGCAACGUCUCACGAAUACCGCAGACCUGAUUUCGUUAUCGGUGACGCCCCUGUGGGAGAGCGUUCAGUGGCUCCUCGGUGCCCGCGUCAGGACGAGCCCGCCACACCGCUGCGUGUCCGUCCAGGCGUCGUGCGCGGGUGCGUGGCAGCCUCGCGGGUCAGACUGACAGGUGAACAGCAUUUUCAGGAUACCAACUGACGGAAGAGCAGCAGACUCAGGAGUUCGACUGUCGGAGGAGUGGCAGCUUUAGGAGCGAGACUGAAAGGUUCAAACACUGCCCCAAAUGAAAGUAGAAAUCACCCGGUCGCCAUUUGGCGUGAUCACGGAGAAUGGCCUCCAGACCAAGGUGGACAAAUUCAUAAUGACAGGUACAUUGGCCGGGCAGUCGUCGCCGGCUGUGGUGGCCACCCUCAGCAGUUUCGGCGCCAACGUCGUCUCCCUGCUCGUGCCAGACUCCAACGGCACUCUGGAAGAUGUCGUCCUGGGCUUCGACACGCUCUCUGAGUACGAGCAGCAGGACGCGUACAUGGGCGCCACCAUCGGCCGCACGGCUAGCAGAGUGGGCGACUCCGCCUUCACGCUCAACGGCACUACCUACCGGCUGCCCAGGAACUUGCCUGAUGGCCACCUGCACGGCGGCCUGCGCGGCUUCGACAAGCGCGUGUGGACAGCGGAGGUCAGCGACUGUGGGGUGACCUUCAGCUACCUGUCUCGCCACGGCGAGGAGGGCUACCCGGGCGACGUGCUGGUCCAGGUCACGUACAGCCUGACAAUGAUGAGCGCGUCGCCGGCGCUGAGCCUGAGCUACCGCGGGCUCUCCACCUCCAGCACGCCACUCAGCAUGACCCACCACUCCUACUUCAACCUCGCCGGCCAUGGAAGUGGCGAGGCGGGCCUGAAAGCUCAUGACAUCAGCAUCAACGCCGAGAAGAAGCUGGUCUUGGAAGGGGGAAUCGCUACCGGCGGGAAGGCCGUGCUGAACCCGGCACCGCCGCAUGGCCCGCUGCCUGACGUCAUGCAGCAGAUGGGCGGCGGAAUCGACGACAUAUUCGAGCUGCCGUACGCAGACGACGGCUUGGUCUUGGCCGCCAAGCUGAGCCACGCACCGAGCGGCCGGUCGCUGAGCGUCUUCACCGACCAGCGAGCUGUGGUGAUCUACACGUCCAAUUACAUGCCGGUCGCACCCGGUGGCAUUCCGGGGAAAGGCGGCGCUCUCUACCGCAAGCACGGCAGCAUCGCACUGGAGACCAGCGCGUUCCCCAACGCCGUGAAUGUCCCGUCCUUCCCGUCGGUGAUUCUGAAGCCGGGGCAAGUCUACAAACACGAGUGCGUUUACCAGUUCGGCGCCUAGGCGGCUGCUGGCAAUGCCGGCGUCAGGACCCACGGCUGCAGCAAGCAGGCGGCACGUCCGCCAACUGAGUGUCGCCCCAGCACGUCUCGUGGCAUGGUGUUGCCAUAUCAUAACAAAAUAAAAAUGGCCACGCACCUAUGUAGACCACACGGUUUAUUCAUGGUCUCUGUUGAUGUCUGCAUGUUCAUGGUUUCCUUUACAUGGUUCUCACGCUAUUUCUGUUGUCCGUGCUAGUAUUCUGCACUACAACGAUUCAGUCGUAUUUCGAACCUGAAUCAGUCUGAACAAGGCGAAUUUGUCGCCCUCCAUCAUAGCCAAAAAUGAUCCAACAUGAAAUGUGCAGUAUGUGUGGCAGCCGAUGUGCAAAAACAAUUUCGAAGACAGAUUGGAGCAUCUAUUGGUCAUAUGGUUGUGUUUUUAUGUUAGUCCCCUCUUAAAGGUGCGGCAUUGCCAGCACAUAAAUCCACGUCUCCUUUGUGAACCUCCUAUAGCCGCAUCAUAGCCUCUUAUACAGCACAUCUAUGCGCCGCACUCCCUACAGCCAAAUCAGUUUUACAUCGUCCAUCGAGUGGUGUAGUGAGCUGAACUUGAUGGCCACGGGAUAAUCCAUAGCUAAUUUAUGUGUCUCGAUGGCUGAUAAUUGGUUUGUCAAACAGCAAGGGCGGACGCAAAACACCGUCUGGAAAGGGAAGGAGUAGGGGGGGGGGGGGGGCAUUGUCAGUCUUGGAGUGCAGCAAAGUGCAAACAGAUGCAGUGAUUCCCAAAAAUGUAUUUAGUAUUGUUUUCUUACCUUUCAAGGAUACCUUAAAACACAAUUGCAUUCUAGAAAGCUGCCUAGUCUUUAAAGUGACCAAACGUGCUAUGUUUCGCCCGAGUUUGGCUGCUUUGGUAUUCAAAUAGUAGGGCACAAAAAUCGUCGGUCGGUGUUUCAUUAGUCGUCCUCUUCAGCUCAGUGGACACUCGAUGAACGGUACAUGCGAUGGUGUGGAGGGAGUUUGAAGCAAAGAUGUGGUAUAUGGGAGGCUUAGUGUAGAAGUGAGUCUGUGAAAACGAUAUGGUCGAGAACACGUAAUGUUGUUUCGCGCUACGCCAGAAUUUCUUCGCGACUGCGGCGCGCUAGCAAAAUAUUUCAGUGAAACACAGAGUCUAUCCCCCAGGAGCGGCGACACGGAUUUUAAGGUGGAAAGGUAGGGGUUUCAAGGGGGGCUCCUAGGCUAAAUGAAGUCUCCUCACAGGGCGCUUCCUGGGCGGUGCCAUUCGCUAUCACAGCACAGGGCCUCCUGUUCCAGAAAAUGAUCUCCUGAGGCAUGGGGGGGGGGGGGGGGCUACCAAUCUAGAACAAAAUGCCUCCGAUUCAUGAAGGGGCUUUCAAAUCUAGCUAAGGAGCCUCCUUACCACACUGCCGAUCAUCCGGAUUCGAGACCGCGGCCAUCUGGUGCAUGGAAGAAGCCUCCAGUUCCAGUAAUGGGGGUCUCCUGAAUAUAGAGGGUGCUCUGACCCCCCCCCCCCCCCGGCCCCGCCCCCGCCUCUGCUGCGUUGCCCCAGCCCCUUCCCCAUCCUGAGAUUCCGUAUACGCCCCUACAGACUGCAAACCACGUUUAAAAUGUGUUCUGAGUGGAGGCCACCCAACACAGCUACAGAAAUCACGUCGGUAACUGUUUGCUGGAGGACGAUCGCAUGGUCUGGACGGACAGGUUUCAACAAAACUGAAAACCUCAUUGCAGAGUGUUUGCCAGUCGGAUUAUGAAUCGGUGUACUUCACUAAUUGGGUGUAGCUAAAUAAGUAUGCGUGUGUGGCCAGCGCGACGCCUCCAGCGCGCUCACGCUGGCCUGGCGACUGGAACACGUACUAGUGCAAGCAACCGUAAUUGUGCGGACUCAGCUUCAAAAACAGGUAUAUAUAUUUAAGGGUUGACCAAUUACCGUGUUCUUCUGUCAGCAACUAAUAAAUAGGACUCAACCAGACUGGUUUGCUCCGUUCAGCACGAACAAUGUGACGAUUCGCGCACUGCUCUCCGCAUUUGAGGUGUAAGGACUGCUGUCUUGCCGGACGUGGGGAUGUGCCAAAUUGUAAGUGUGAUGGCGGCCAAGGAUGUAAGGCAGAGGUGGUAUAUCUUCCGCCUGAUCGCGCCGCAAAAUGGGUGCUCAUGGAUGGAACUGACACAUUUUGGGUGGUUGGCUCAAGAGUGGAAGAAAUCGUGCCGUGCUGGUGGAUUUCUGCGAAAUCUGAACAUAAACUCAGCUUCGGAACGCUGAAUUUCCUUGGCAUAGCCAUCGCUUGCUUGACAACGUCGCUCAACCAGCACCUUCUCGUCAACUAAAUGCUGAUUUGCGGCCCACUUCCAACUCAGAAUGCCGAGCGUAACCAUAAACGCAAGGCCAUUCUUGUUUUUAUAACAUCAAACUCGUGCCAAAGCGCUGAUCGCGCUAAGUACUGGGACGGCCAUUCUGAUCGCACGUUCAGUCACUAUCCUUUCCCAGCUUUGUCCGUCUGGUUGUAGACAUAUUUGCUGAGAUCAUGCAAGCUCAUUUCCUCUUUGGCGUAUAGGUACUGCCUGGCAGCGCCCAACAUCCAUUUGAGAUAGCCUCUUCACAAAGAAUAGUGUGCGCACUAAUACUCUUUUAAGCCUGCACGUGUCAGGCCGUCCUGUAUAGAACUGUCCUUUUGAGUCCCAGGCUGCCUGUCAUGAGCGAUAAGCGAGACUCUUUCUCUUGUGAUCAUAUCAGACCAUCUUGCUAGAUCUUUUCCGCGAAUCACAACCAAUUUUGAGCCUUUUACAAAACCGCGGUUUGGUAUAGGGUUAACCUGGAAGCGAUUCUUCCGCAACACAAUCUUUACUCUGACGAUUUAAAACAAAAGCCUGACACCGGGAACGCAAACGCAAGUGGUCAAAAUCCAGGGGAACCAGGUUUUGGGCAUAGGUAGGUCGAGCGUUCCGCAAUCGGCCCUCCUACCUGUCAGUCAUAUCGACUGCCACCUAUCGGCCUUACCGACUGGGGCAUAACGCUCGCAUGGCCAAUCUGCGACUUCAGUUGUGUAUUGCCUACUGGAUGCAGAGUGGCGUAAACCGUAUGAUCUGUAAACAGACGUGAUAAUCCAACCGUAGAACUGGGCUGCGUGUGGCACCAUCAUUUUGCUUGAGCACCUUGCGAUGUCCACACGGGAUUUUGAAUGUGCAUAACUUUGAAAUGUCGACUUCGAGAUACAUUGCGUAAUGUAUACCAUCUGAAAGAGCCGGAAUGGAAUAACGUUAAGCAAAUGAAAUAAAAGGGAUGAAACAAG